ACGAACACUUUCUCGACGCCCGCAGCACCAGAUCGCUGAACGUUUCGAAAGUGCCGUCGGGUCGUUUCCGAGGCGCAAAGUCGGCCAGUCCGAUGGCCUCGCAGAUGACGUGCGACAUCUCGUGGCCGUUGUUUCCGCUGCCGUCUUCUCCUCCUCCCGCUUCUUCCUCGUCUUCGUGGCUGCCGAGGAGGAAGCCGACGAAGAUGCGGAGGCCCAUGGUGAGCAGAGUGGCCUCGGAAGAGUCGUCCGGCCGUCGGUCGAACGUCGUCUGCAACGUCUCCACCGUGAGGAUUUCGAAAUUGGACGGCCACGUGUGUUCCAGGGUGGAGUUGACGUCCGUCAGCAGGGUUUCCAAAAUAGAUGUUGUCGUCAUCGUAUCUGUCAUCACACCACCUCCGAGGAUGGGCUUCGGCAAGACGGUGUGGACGACGAUCUUGUGGCUGUGGACCCGAGGCCUGUCGCACUUGAUGACCCAGAGCCGGAGGAAAGUCACGUGGUUGGCCAAGCACGUGUCGGGGGCGGAGCGUCGCAUUCGGCUCAGCUGGGUCAAGGUCACGGGCCCGGCAAUUUUGUUCCGGCCGGCUUUCGUCUGCAGCGGAAGACUCUCGCACGUUCGGAAAAACCACAUUGCACAUCGACGAAAAAAAAAAAAACAACUAUGGCAAAUAUGCACCGGUACACAUUCUUUGUCGUCGUCACCCACCGGAACCGGAAGUGGCCAUUCGCUGAAACGAGGGAUUCGUCACCGGCGACGGAACCGAAAAGAAAAUGAAGAGAAACACCGUCAGUGCCAUGAUGACGCAAAGACACGAGUUGAGGAAAAGCUUUUCUCUGCUCGUCUGCUCCAAAGACGCGACGGAAUCCAAGUGAUGCAACAAGGCAUUGGCGUCUUCAUCUUCACCAGCUGCAGCAGCGAUCGGAUCUUCGUGGAAACCGCAAAUCCAUUCGAAGGCUUUGCUGAUCAACGACGAAGAAGACUCCUCGGAAUUCGCCAACUUCCUGUUUUUCUUUGUCUUCUUCUUCUUCUUGCCGGAUUCAAAGCCAUCUUCCAAACGGUUGAGCUGAAAUCCGCCGUCGCCACGUUCGACGGGGGCGAUGGUUUCAAUUUCCACGCGUUCGCAAUCAUCUGGACGAGGUGUUUUGUCAAACCGGGUCCAAUACGUUGUCCGGAUGAUCUGAACACGCCCCAGCACCAGGCCCCAAAAGGCGCCUUUCUCGUUCAUCCGAGUCCAGGAAAUGGCCAGACAGUAAACCGCCGCAAUCGGCGGGGCCAAUGCAGCAGCAAUGGACUGGAUGUAGAUGUAGAGCUGUCCCCNGUAGAGCUGUCCCCCCUGCAGCGACUCGAUGAUAGGGAUCCACAGGACGGAAACUGCUACCAUCAGCACUACAAACAACCUGCACUUACGCAGAAGAAGAAGAAAGAGACUACUUUAGAAAUUAAACACCAGUACCAAAUGGAUGCUGGGGUUUGGCCCAACAAGAACCCAGGCCAGGGCAUGUCAGAGUUCACCGGGUCCCUCAACAUCACCCAUGAGUCUUCCCUGGGAAUCCCA